AAAAGGUUCGGACAAAAAUGUUUCAUUUCAAUAAAAAAAUGCCAUUGUUUCUCUUGUUGGCGAUUGUUUUAGUGUUAAUACUGGUAAUAAAGAAACCAGCAAAGCCAGUUCGCAAGCUAAACCGACGUUGGCUAAACCUAGCAGAGACACUGCAGAAACAAACAUAUAUUUUGCAUAAGAAGAACUCAUGCAAAAAAACAGCAACUGCAACCAACUACACAAUUUGCGAGACUUUGCCACUUUUACCCAUAACAUGUGGCGACUUGGCAAAAAAGCGAGAUUUUGACCAAUUCGGGAAAAAAUACAAAAUUCCAAAUAUUGUUUAUCUAAUAUUGGUUAGAAACGUUCAGUUCGACUUUCUUAAGUAUUUAGCCUUGCGGUCAGUGGCAAGAAUACAACAGCCAGAAGCCGUUAUUAUCUACUACACAACUGUCAUACCUACAAGUAAAUUCGCCAAAAAGGCGAUCCGAGAAAUACCAUGCCUCCGAUGGGUUAAAGUAAAAGACCCAUUACGUGUCAACGGUAAACAGAUAAGUGCAGAUUCUCGGGCGGAAGUUAUUCGGUUUACAAAACUGAUUAAGCAUGGGGGUAUAUACGUGGACAAUGAUGUUAUUCUAUUAAAAAACCUUGACUCUUUUCGCCACUUUUCUUUCGUUGCUGGACGUGAACACGCUUUGAGCAUCAAUGCGGGGAUUUUGCUGGCCGAACCGAAUUCGAAGUUUUUAAACAAGUUUUACCAUGAGAGCUUUUUGAAAGCAUUUGAAAAUUAUGAUCCAAAAGUAUACUAUAAAUAUGCACAGAACGGUCUGCACCAAUUUUAUCGGAAAAACAUGGCGCCGAAUGUACACAUUGAAGAGUUUGCAUUGAACAGACCGCUUCCGUUUGAAGGAUACGAAGGCCUUGGGGCAGCAGUUGAAAGCAAAUAUGAUUUAAGUGAAAAUUAUGCGCUUCACAUACACCCAAGAGCGGCCGUACAACACAAUUCGCACUUACAAUACAUUUAUACGGAUACUGAAGAACAAAUCCGAACCAGAGAUAAUAUAUACGGAGCAGCAGCUAGAAUAGCUUACUUUGGAAGUCCAGAUCUGAUAUUUAAACCGGAUGAAAAAGUUUACAACCGAGCGCCCACGAUCAAAUUGAAGCCGCUGCCCAGGAUAGAGCCGGAUAACUCUGGAUAAAUGCAUGUUAACACUUAUAUAGUAGGGUGGGGGAGAUUGGAAACCUUUUAAUUCAAUUUUGUCGUCUUAUUUGGUAGUAAAGAAAGAAUA